AUGUUACUUAAUUUUGAAUUAUUUUGCUGCGAAAGGCUUCAUGAACAAAUAUAUUCAUCCAUUGAAGGCGGUGCUGCGUGUUUUAAACGCUUAAAUGGAACUCAUGCCGCAGGAUGUUCAUCUUCUAUUAAUGGAGCCGUGGGUGUAGUUCAAAUGAUAAAUGAUAUAUCAGAUGCUCAAUGGUUAGCUCAUAAUGCAUCUGCUGGACCAUACAUGGCUGUAGUUAGCACUGCACUAUUCCAUGAUGUUAUUGAGUUGGUAAUGGCAAAUCCUGCAAAUACUGCUGGUAUUCUAAUUUAUCAUAAUUCAACAAUGAGACCAACAAAAUUUAGUCAAGAAUCAAAUUGUCCAAAUGAAUAUUCAUCUGAUCCUAAUAGCCAAUGCCCUUCUAAAACCACUGGGGUUGCAUGGAAUGAAGGUGGUACAGGGCUGUUAAGAAGAGACAUACCAUUUCCUAUUUUUUACCUUCCUCACUCUCGUAAUAAGGAGAUUGAAAAAAUUGACAAGUGUUAUAAAAGGUAUAACAUUGAUAAAAUUAAUCAGGAAGGAAAGCCACUCUGCUCAAUACAGUUAAAUUCUUUUAUGUUUGCUGCUGUAAAUAGUGCAGUUUGCUUAAGAAGGUCAGCUACAUCAGCUCUUCUUACACCAACUAAAGUUUGUGACCCUUUGGGGGAUCAAAAUGUCUAUUAUUCACUUUUCCCCCGCAUAAAGGGAGAUGAAGUCAAGAAAAAUUCAGUCACACUAGUCACUGCUAGGAUUGAUACAGCCUCUUUGUUUGAUGGUGUUGCACCUGGAGCCGCUAGCUCAGUGGUGGGAAUGGUGUCCGUCUUAAUGUCUGCAGUCACUCUAGCAAAAAUGAUACCCAUCUCCGAUUCCAGUUUGUAUGAAAACAACGUAAUGUGGACACUGUUCAACGGCGAGGCGUUCGACUACAUCGGCUCGCAGAGGGUCGCGUACGACCUUAAACGGGGCGCUUGGCCGCCCUCCGCGCCGCUGGCCGUCUCCGACCUGAACCUGCACGUGGAGGUCGGCCAGAUAGGCGGCGCCUUGCAGCUGUACACGGAAAACGCCUCUUGGCCCCUUUACGCGUACGCAGCAGCCAACUACCCGCCGACCACGGUGUUCCUGAACAACAUGCUGAAGGCGGCCAGCGAGUUCAACAUCACGCUGUCGCCGGAAUUCAGCGCGGACCUACCGCCGUCUUCGCUGCAUUCCUUCCGGCGAAUACUGAGUAAUGAGACCGAGAGCGGGGAGCUGCCGGAGGUGCUGCUGGUCGACCACAGGGGGCGGUUCGCCAACGCCUACUACGAGUCCGCGCUGGACGACAGUGACAACGUUGGAUUUGUCUAUCGCAACAUCAGCGUUGGCCCGGACGGUGAAUUCACACCGACCAGCGAUCUCAUCAAGAACGGAACUAUGAAGGACACAGACAUCCAAGUGAAAAUAUCGCGACUAGCAACUGCCAUAGCCAGAGCACUCUACCAGCAGGUUGCGGGGAAGGCUUAUGACGGCGAGCUGGCAGCCUCUGCGCAUUUAGCGGACGAGAUGCUGUACUGCUUCCUGGGCAGCCAGGCGUGCCGGCUGCUGCUGGCCGCGGACUACGCGGCGGGCAGCGAGGAGGCGCCGAGCGCGCGCGCGCCGCCGCUCUACGUGGGCGUGGCCGCGUGGCCCGGCACGCCCGCCGUCUUCGCGGGACACCUGCUCGCGCUGCUCGCCGGCGAGCGGCUGCCGCUCAACCGCACCGCCUGCGACGCGCUCGACCAGCCCGGUCUCUCCCAUUAUUGGCUGAGGGGUUGGAAUCACAGCGGUGUUUGUAUUCAAACAACAAUGAACUUUACUCAAGCACUUAGCCCCGCAUUCCUCAUCCCAGACUACGACAUGGCGUCGGGCGUGUACUCCACGUGGACGGAGUCCGUGUGGGCGGCGAUGUGGGCGCGCGUGUUCGUGUCGGCGGGGGGCGCGGGGGCGCGGGCGGCCGCGCUCGCCGGCGCCGGCAGCACCGCGCUCGCCGCCGCGCUCACCUACUGGCUGCGAAGGCACGCCGCCGCCGUCUUCAUGCACGGAGACCACGGCAGCGCGGUGCGCGGCGACGCGUCGGGAAUACUAAGAACCGUCAACUGU